AUGGCUGCUUUGGGACACACGUUCCCCUUCUAUGGUGGCCCCAAGCCAACCUUCCGCAUGGACACCACCCUGGCCAUCAUCCUCACCAUCUUUCUGACGGCGCUGGUCACCUUCGUUGUCAUCCUGCCUGGCAUUCGGGGCAAGAUGAGGCUGUUUUGGCUGCUCCGGGUGGUGACCAGCUUGUCCAUCGGGGCUGUGACCCUGGCGGUGAAUUUCAGUUCUGAGUGGUCUGUGGGCCAGGUCAGCGCCAAUACGUCCUACAAGGCCUUCAGUCCAGAGUGGAUCAGCGCCGACGUCGGGCUGCAGGUUGGGCUGAGAGGAGUCAACAUCACACUCACAGGGACCCCUGUCCAGCAACUGAAUGAAACCAUCGAUUACAAUGAGGAAUUCACCUGGCACCUGGGUGGGAACUAUGCUAAGGAAUAUGCUAAGGCCCUGGAGAAGGGGUUGCCUGAUCCUGUGCUCUACCUGGCUGAGAAGUUCACCCCGAACAGCCCAUGUGACCUGCACCGCCAGUAUGGCCUGGCAGGACACUAUACUUCGGCUUUAUUGUGGGUGGCCUUUCUCUGCUGGCUGCUGACCAACGUGAUGCUGUCCAUGCCUGUGCUGGUCUACGGUGGCUACAUGCUGCUGGCCACAGGGAUGUUCCAGUUGUUGGCACUGGUCUUCUUCUCCAUGGCCACUUCCCUCGCCCUCUCCUGCCCCCUGCACCUGGGCACAGCCACACUGCACACUCGCCAUGGGCCUGCCUUCUGGACCACAUUGACCACAGGACUGCUGUGUGUGCUGCUCGGCCUGGCUGUGGCAGUGGCCCACAGGAUGCAGCCCCACUGCUUGAAGGCUUUCUUCACCCAGAGUGCAGAAGAGGACACCGUGCAGGAGUGGAGCCCCGAGGAAGGGGGGUUCCUGAUCCCCCACUACCAGUCCAUGGAUGAGAACCCCAAGACCCAGGACAUCCCACUGUCAGGGGCUUCCUCCGAGACGUGCUGUCAGGAGGAGAGCCCCCAGGAGUUUGACUAUGCCCUCUAA